GAUUGCUUCCACUCCCCGUUCAGCGACGACACAACCACCCUUCGCCAAACGACAAAAUGGGUAGAGGACCAAAGAAGCACCAGAAGCGUCUGUCAGCGCCAUCGCACUGGCUGCUCGACAAGCUCAGCGGUAGCUAUGCGCCCAAGGCCUCGCCUGGUCCGCACAAGCUGCGCGACUGCAUGCCUUUGAUCGUCUUCAUUCGCAACCGUCUGAAGUACGCCCUCAAUGGCCGCGAGACCAAGGCCAUUGUCAUGCAGCGCCUGAUCAAGGUCGAUGGCAAGGUCCGAACCGAUCCUACCUACCCAGCCGGCUUCAUGGACGUGAUCUCCAUCGAGAAGACUGGCGAGAACUUCCGCCUCGUCUACGACACCAAGGGUCGCUUCACCGUGCACCGCAUCACUGAUGAGGAGGCUUCAUACAAAUUGGGCAAGGUCAAGAGAGUACAACUGGGCAAGGGCGGCAUCCCAUUCUUGGUUACGCACGACGCGCGCACUAUCCGCUACCCAGACCCGGCCAUCCGAGUCAACGACACCGUCAAGAUCAACCUCGAGACUGGCAAGAUCGAUGACUUCAUCCGCUUCGACACUGGUGUGAUCGCCAUGGCCACUGGUGGUCGUAACAUGGGUCGUGUUGGUGUCAUCACCCACCGUGAACGCCACGACGGAGGCUUCAACAUCGUGCACAUCAAGGACGCCAUCGACAACGAGUUCGCCACCCGUGAAUCCAACGUCUUCGUCAUCGGUCGUGAGAAGCCUUGGAUCUCCCUGCCAAAGGGCAAGGGUGUCAAGCUCACCAUCGCUGAGGAGCGUGACCGCAGACGCGCCUAUGCUCUUGCUGGCCACUAGAUGCAUUCUCAUUGUGGGGAUAAGCAGCGGAGUUGGGGUUGCGCGGGUUUUUAGAUCAGGUUCAAGAGUCCAAAAUUAAGAGACCAGACCUGCUAUGGAUGGGUAUGAAAUGAAGUGGAAGUCCCGCUUCCGGCGCUCCAAGUCAUGGCGUCGCUACGUCUGUAGCAUGUAUGAAUCAAAAAGUCAACGUCCCAGCUUCGAUUCAGACAUCUCCCGUAGUUCAUGGCCUUCUGACCACGUGCCUGG